AUGUCUAGUGAUAGUGAUUCUAGUACCACAUCAUCCUCAUCAUCAUCGGAAUAUGAAAGAAAACGCAAACUGAGUAAAAAACAUAAAAAGAAAUCCAAAAAACACAAGAAGGAGAAAAAGUCCCGCAAAGAAAAGAAAUCUUCAAAAUCUACCAGAGAAAAGGAUUUGAUCCAGAUUCAACCCAUUGCACCUCCCAGAGAUGUUGAUACAAGUAGCAAAACAAAUGAAAUUGAUUCUUUUGGUCCCGCCUUACCACCUCAUUUAGUGAAUAAAUCCACCGUCAACGUCAAUGAAAAACCCGGUGUUAUAGGUCCAGUAUUGCCGAAAAAUAUAUGCCUAGAGAGCGAGAAGUCAAUUGAAAAUUAUGCUACACAAGAUGAGCAAAAAUCAAAUGCCAGUGAAGAAGAACAAGAAGAAAGCUUACAUGGAACCUACGGACCCGUACCGGUUAAUAAUGGUCAGGAAAUUUCCGCUGCACAAUUGGAAUUAGAAAAAAGAGCAUUAGAACUGAAAAUGGCAGCUCUUGAUGGUCUUCUACCCGGCUCUACCACGGAUCAGACUGUACGCGAGGAAUGGAUGUUAGAAUUACCGGAUGUGGGUAUGAAGGGAGGUUUAGCAGCCCUCAACAAUUUAAAACGAGGUUUCUAUCAAGGAAAGGAGAGACCCGAUUUUAGUGAUAGAUCAUCAUGGACAAAAACACCACAGUCUGAAGAAUCCGAACGCACAAAGCCAACCACAUCAAAGGAAUCACUGAAAGCCCGUGCCCAGGCUAUGUACGAUAAACAAAGAGAUGAAGAACAGGAAAGUAUGGCCAAGAAAUACAAAAAGAAACACAAACGGGAGGAGUCUUUGGUGGAUAUACAUCAAAAGAAAUUGCGUAAAGAAGAAAAGAGAAAGGCUAAGGAAUUAAAAGAAAGCGGCUCAAAACCCGAAAGAAGACCAUUCAGUCGUGACAUUGAUUUGAAGCUGAAUAAAAUCGAUAAAAAUCAAACAAAACAAAUUGUCGACAAGGCCAGACUAUUGGAUACGAAAUUUUCAACUGGCCAUACAAAGUACCUUUAG